CAAACGCCCACUGCUUCCAUCCAUAAAUAACGCACCCCCCCUUCUCAAAAAACGAAACCCUAACCCUCUCUCUCCCUCUCUACCCCGUCACCUCUCCAACCAUUCCAUCCAUGAGUGCCUUCCCCUUCCAUAUGGCCAUCGCGGCCCUCGCCGGCGCCUCCGUCGCCGCCUUCUCCUCCUAUUACUUGCACCGUCGAUCCUUAGCAGAGCUCCUCGAGUUCGCUCUCGCCAUCGAGCGCAGCAGGGGAGGAACCGAGGCCGAUAGCUCCUCUAGCGGCGGCAGGCAAGUGAAUCUGAGAAAGGAGAAACAGCGGAGGGGAGCGACGGUUAACGGACGACGGAGACGGAAGUUGGCCGGCAGGAAGUGUUCGAUGGCGGAGUUGGGGGAUGGGUUGGUUGACGAGAAUGAUGGAGAGAUGGUGAGGAAGGAAAAAGGUUUGUCGCGGAUUGAGAGGUUGCCUGGAGGGACACACUGCAAGCAUGGACACUGGAUGGGGAGGUCAAGUCAUAUGCACAUGAAUUUGUGGUGACAUGUUCUUUUCGUCCAUCAUUGUUCAUGAUACAAAUGUACAUGUUAAUUUUUCUAUUUUUUUGGGUACCUACUAAG